AUGGAGCACAAUCACAUUUUCACCAUCAACAGUACUCUACUCUCCCACGAUGGAAAGCAGUACGGAUGUGGUUUAGGAUAUGUGCGUGUUAUCUACUACAGUUUUCUUCUGUGCUUAGGUUUGCCAGCUAACAUACUCACGGUAAUCAUCCUUUCUCGCUUGGUGGCUCGGAGACAAAAGUCCUCCUACAAUUAUCUCCUGGCUCUGGCUGCUGCAGACAUAUUCAUCCUUUUCUUUAUUGUCUUUCUCGAUUUUCUACUUGAAGACUUCAUUCUCGGCCAACAGAUGCCUCAAGUUCUGGAUAAGAUCAUUGGAGUCCUGGAAUUCUCUGCUAAUCACACAUCAAUUUGGAUAACGGUUCCUUUAACCAUUGACAGAUAUAUUGCUGUAUGCCACCCACUUAAGUAUCAUACAGUGUCCUAUCCUGCACGCACCCGGAAAGUUAUAAUGAGUGUCUAUGUCACAUGUUUCUUGACCAGUAUUCCAUAUUACUGGUGGCCAAAUAUUUGGACUGAAAACUAUACAAGUACUUCCAUGCAUCAAAUUCUGAUUUGGGUUCACUGUUUUACUGUAUACCUGGUUCCAUGUUCAAUAUUCUUUGUUCUGAACUCAAUCAUUAUCCACAAACUUAAAAGAAAAAGCAACUUCCGCAUGCGGGGCUACUCCACAGGGAAGACAACUGCUAUUUUGCUCACUAUUACAACAAUAUUUGCAAUACUUUGGGCCCCAAGAAUGGUGAUGAUUCUCUACCAUCUCUACGUUUUGCCUAUAAACAACGGAUGGUUGGUGCACAUAGUGUCAGACAUAGCCAACAUGCUUGCUUUCCUGAACACAGCCAUCAAUUUCUUCCUUUAUUGCUUCAUCAGUAAACGUUUCCGCACAAUGGCAGCUGGAACACUAAAGGCCUUCAUUAAAUGCCAGAAACAGCCGGUGCAAUUUUAUACAAACCAUAAUUUCUCAAUCACCAGCAGUCCAUGGAUCUCACCUGCCAACUCCCAUUGCAUCAAGAUGCUUGUGUACCAAUAUGAUAAAGAUGGAAAGCCUCUGAAGAUAUCUCCAUGA